AUUAGCUUUUGGUUUAAUACAUAGGUUUAUUCCGAUUUUGAUGAUUCCUUUUUUAUAUCUCUGAUAUAGUUAUAUUAAAAAUAUAGCAACCUUUUUUUACGUUUUUUUUAUUACGACAUAUUGAUAAUGUGCUUCUUUAUAAAGGUUGACAUUAUUCUACUGGUUAAUCAAUAUUUUACCAACAUCCUCAACUUGUAUACGUCCAGGAAAUAAUAAUAAACUAGAGUAAUAAAUAUUUUAAACUUUAUUGAUUGUUAUUUUAUAUUGUUGUUAGUAUGCAACGCAACAACAAGACCAUUUCAUGACGUGCAACGUCUGCGCGCAAUGAAAAUCAAACUUUUCUAUUGAUUUGAAGAAAAUUUACUCCUAUGCUAUCUACCUGCCUACAACAUCAAAUAAACGCAAUAUUUUAACAAUAAAAUCUUGCUUUGCUGUUGUCCACUUGAAUAACUGCGCUUAAUAGGUCAAAAAAUAUAUUCUAUGCUACGCAAUGAAAAGCUCUUCAACCCCAAAUGCGCAAGUCCAAGUAACUUCAUUCAUUCCACGCCUCAAGUCAUUUUUACUCGUUUUAGCACUGUGCUUUUGUGAAAGCGCACAUUUUAAUGUACAAAAUAUUAAAUCUAUUGUUAUCUAUGUAUCAGUACAAAUAUAUUUUCCGCACGGUUGACAAGAUUUUCGAUUUUUCUCAUUUGGAAGUGUAGCAAGUUUUCAGUGAUAAUGAAUCCAAUAAAAACAAUGAGCAUCGGAUGAAAGGGGUUGUUGUUUAAUUAUGAUAUUAAUGAUUAAAAGUGAGUGAGACGGAAAAUGGGAAAUGACGCACAAGUAGAGAUACCAACACACUCGAAAGAGCAGGAUAAAUCUCAUACAAAGGAAUCGUGUAUUGUAGACAGAACUAUCAAAACUUUAAAUUACAAGGGACUGCUAUGGUCAUGUUCUCUGAGAAGGAUAUGUUUAAGUGCCCUAUGGCUUCCACUAGGUGCUUUAGUAUUUUGUUAUGUGACAGCGUCUAUAUUCCAGGCAGAUGAUAUCCAUGAAACACACUGUAGGGUUUAUAAUGUAGUUCCAUCAAUAAGUGCAAUUACGGGGAUCAGCCCACAAAGAUAUGUUUGGAGAAUAUGCAUUGCUUACCACCUAGGACCAAGACUGUUAAUAGGUUCGUUAUAUUACAACUACCAUAAAGAACGCACUUCAUAUAUCUUCGAAGAUAAGGUACGCAAUUUAGCUAUAAAUUUAGGAGAAGCUUGUUACUGGUUGAACCUGAUAGAGUUACUUGCACUAACUGGAGUUACAUAUGUCUCCAACAGGGAAAAUUACUUCGUACACGAGAAGAUAUUCAUUAUAUUCAUGGUGACAUCGCUCCUUCAUAUGCUAUGCCGCGCGCGUGUUGGCUGCUUAGCCAGCGAUGUCGUGGAGCCAGUGAAGACGAACAAGCUCGUGUGGAUCCUAUUCUUUGUGGCCAUCUGUGCUACUAUUGGCCUUAUUGUCUUCUUUUUGAGACACCGACUGCUUUGUCGACCACUCGCAUUUACGUGGUUUUCAAUUUGCGAGUACAUCCUUGCGACAGCGAAUAUGGCAUUCCACGCGCUCAUUGUCCAAGAUCUUCCGGUACACGAGCUACAAGUUGUAUGCCCCACAGGCAAGACCAACUAAUUUAAUAUUCUUUGUAUUAAGGAUGAACUAAACAACCAACAAUAAUUCCAUCGAUAGUGUGAAUCCUAUUACAACUGUUAUUUUUUUAAUUUCACAUCAUAAAUCAUUCAUACACAUUAUCAACGACCAAACUGAUAAAAUUAAUUUAUUCAUUAAUUACGCAAAUAAAUUUUCAGUCAAAUGAAUGCUUAAAUUAACUGAAAACUUAACUAAAGCUGUCAUUGAUUACAAAAAAAUUGAAGGAGUAGAUUUGAAAAUGAAAAAUUGAUGGUAAGUAUUUUGAUAAUCCUAGUUUGACAAAAAUCUAAUAUUGCACAAAUGUUUGAUCAUUUCUAUAUACAUAUUACGACCUAACCCCUUCCAACAUUCCAAAACCCAGUGAAGCUGCAUCAUACCCAUUAAAAAGUUUACAACAACACACAAUCAGAAUUUUAAAAAGAUGAUAUCUCCAUUGAUGAAACAGCGCUGGACAUAAUCAACAAUUAUUAUUUAUAAUUAGGGAGUCGAAUAGUGUGCCCUUUCGCCGUCCCUGUCGUUGGUGUUAGUUUGACAAUAAUUUUGCGCUAAUGCCUUUUAUUAUCACUAUAAAGUUUGGCGCGCGAAAUUUGAUUUUUAAUUUUUUACAAAUGAAAUAUGGUUUUCAUUAAAUGUUGAAGUUAGUUUCACAACAUUUGAUAGAUAAUCUUAUCAUCUGCUAUCUACUGCCGCAGAUUAUUGCUUAUUAUAAUAUUCUGGGAUACAUUUUAUUUCGACGGCCAAUUUACCUACUUAAUGAAAAGUACUUUUUUGUAAAACAGUACCAGGGAACAAACGCGAUUUGGUCGUUAAUUUAAUGAGAACGCAAAUUAUUACUUAAUCGUCGUAAAAAAUUAUGUAAAUCGCGGUUUUUCCACCCUUAUAGCAAUAGGCAAAUGCUUUAUUUUCAAUUAGGUAUUAACAACACAAUAAAAUUACUUAGAUACCCAUAAUUUCUAUAUUAUAUAAAUUUUAAAGCAAACGCAAGCCUUCCAAAAAUUUGACAUAUUUUAUUUUGUUAGGACGAAUAGGCAACAUGGUAUACAAAGAUCAGUAUAAUUUUUAAAUAAAAUCUUCUGGUCUUGUAGUAUACCUACGUUGAAGCCUUUGAUCUAAUGUGCAAGUAUUAAUAACAUAGGGAUUUCAAUAGAUUAAUAUGCAUAGGAUCAAAUUUGGAGUAUAAGUUUGAUAUUAUAUAAUAAUUUGUUUUUAAAUUAGAUAUUAAACAUUGACACAAUAGAACGUAAGAAAUCUAGUAGAUAUAAAAAAAUAUUGUAACAUGCCGAGUAGGCUUUUGGCUUGUAAAAGUGUGCUCUUUGCAUAACAAUAAUAUUUUGAAUUUUAAAAAUGAACGCCAAAUUUUUGCAAUUUUAGUUAAAACAAUGACAAAAUUGGCGAAAUGUUUUUAUGUAAAUUAUUAUACCUACCAUAAAUUUUUAAUAAUGUUACAUUAAUUAGUUAAUUUAUUUAUGCUUCUAAGUUAGGAUUUAAAUAUGUUAUUGUUAUAAAAUUAUAUUAGGUAAUUUAUUUCGAGCAAUAAGUAGUGUACGAUCAUAUGUUAUUACUUAUAAUUAAAAUAAUUAAAAAAAAUUAUACACAUUUGAUAGACAUCUAGAUUUAAGUUGCUUGAAACUUUGAUAAGAUAUUAAAAAAUAAUAGAGUAGGUAUUAUGUACUUACUUAACUAUACGUAUUGUUAAUGCUUGACUGUGUAAUAUCUUUAUCUUAUGACCAAAUAUUUGUUUUUAAAUCACUUUAGGUGUACUAUAUUUAGUUUUUGAAUAUUUUCAUUUGUUAUCUUUUUAAUUUUAGCUUAACUAAUUUUGUGGAUCUACUCUGUUUUGUCAUAGGUAUAUCAAAAUAAAAUUAAAUAAAUUUCUUUGUCUUCUUAAUUCUUUUGACUAUUUGAGUGUAUCUAGUACAAAAUAACUUAAAGACUACAUUUCUAAUUAAUAAGAUCUGACUAAUUUUAAAAUAUAGGUUCCAUCGUCCCUUAAAUUGGGGUUUUGAUUUCUGAGUGACAGUAGCAAAACACGAUCUAUCAGUAGUUAAUCAUAUCGUAUAUUUCAUAAUUGACAUGCUCAUAUUAUCAAAUAGAUUUUUCAAUACCGUUGCGCUCUUGUAUCCGUAUUGCCAAAACUUUAAUUCGGCCUAAGUAGGUACCUAAUUUAUAACAAUGGUUACAUAUAACAUCAAUUCAGUACAAUAUUUGUAGUUACAUAAAACUCUUUUUUAGUUAAUGAUGGCUUUUAUUGACUAGUGUUAUGAAAAAUAUCGUACUUUUAAUAAAGCAACGUGUGCAAGAUUUCUCUACAGAGCAAUAAAAUAUACCUAAAGAUUACAAAUUAUAUCAAUUACACAUACAAAAUCUUAGUUUACUUAAUCCGCCUUUGUGAUAUUUGUGAUUGUGAAGUUAUUUUAUUCUUUGUAACUAGGUAUACCUAGACAUAGUUCAUUAAAAUAUAACAUAAGUAACAUAGUAUAGAUACGCAUUGUUGUGUAUUGUAGUACAAUUACAAAGUUAAAAUAAUUAAUUUCUUAAAUUAAAAAAUAUUCUUUUACUGUUUUAAUUUUUUAUAUUAAGGUUUUAAUAUUUUCAAUGAGCGAUACUUUGAAAUUGCUUGUUUUUAUGUAAUCUAUUUUUAAACGACCAUCGACGCUAACGAAAUACUGAAUAAUUAUAUUACUUAAUAUUAUAAACUUAUAGUCUAUACCUAUGACUAAGGGUAUUGAAACAUAUCGUAUCUAUUUACUAAAAUUUGUGUGCAUUCAAAUUAUUCUCAAAGCAAUUAAUACUUUGGGUACCUGUUUAUUGUUAUAAAUUAUGUAUACCUAUUAAUAAUAUAUUUUAACAGUACCUACACAGUCUCUUACUACAAUAGAAUUUGUUAACGAAAUAAAUUUAAUGUACAACACAUUUA